AGUUUGUAUUCAGAGUUUGAUUUACAAGUUAAAUUCUGGGGGUAUGUUUUCAAGACUUACUUUGGAAAUAGCCCUUCAAUCUUACUGCACUGGGGCGACACGAUGAGCAGUGCUUGUAAAAAGAUGAAUUUAAGAUUCAAACUUGAUCUGAGACUCUUGGUUUGGAAGGAAGACGCUGCCAUUUUUGAUGGUGGCACUGGGGAAGUUGCGAAAAAGGCAGCAACUGCUAAAUUGUAUUCCGACCGCCUGAAGUCAGUUAUGGCCACUAAAUGCCAUUUGAAUGAAUUUAUAACAUCGGCUACAUAUUUAAAAGAAAGCAUUGUAACAAAAGUAAGACUUCCAGUUGUACAAAUCAUGGGGCUCGAUGCACAUUUGUGUACAAUGAGAUUAAAAGGCAAAAAAUCUUACGCCCUCGAGGAAGUUUGUGCGUUUCCCUUCCCUGUCUCUUUGUACGGAAUCCGGUCUGGAGGUAUUGAAAAUCUGAUCAAUGGGCUAUCAACAAUAGAGGUAAGACACAGCUGA